UUACUCACCUAGUGUCAUUAACGUUAACAUCUCACCAACACUCACAACCUCCUCAUACUCUCAGCUUCAGGAUGCAGAUUUUUGUCAAGACCCUCACCGGCAAGACCAUCACGUUAGAGGUGGAGUCUUCUGACACCAUCGAUAACGUUAAGGCCAAGAUCCAAGACAAAGAGGGGUGCGUAUGCCAUCUCAGAGAUCGAGACUAGCAGCUGACCGUCGUGUCGCAGUAUUCCUCCCGACCAGCAGCGUCUUAUCUUCGCUGGCAAGCAGCUUGAAGAUGGUCGCACGCUGUCGGAUUACAACAUCCAGAAAGGAGUCCACCCUUCACCUAGUCUUGCGUCUCCGCGGAGGCAUGCAGAUCUUCGUCAAAACCCUCACGGGUAAGACCAUCACCUUGGAAGUCGAGUCUUCCGACACUAUCGACAACGUAAAGGCGAAGAUUCAGGAUAAGGAAGGCAUCCCUCCUGACCAGCAACGCCUCAUCUUUGCCGGAAAGCAGUUGGAAGAUGGCCGCACACUCUCGGAUUACAACAUCCAGAAGGAAUCCACCCUUCACCUCGUACUACGUCUCCGUGGAGGCAUGCAAAUCUUUGUCAAGACCCUCACGGGUAAGACCAUCACCUUGGAGGUGGAAUCGUCUGACACCAUCGACAAUGUGAAGGCGAAGAUUCAGGACAAGGAGGGCAUUCCUCCUGACCAGCAACGCCUCAUCUUUGCUGGAAAGCAGUUGGAAGACGGUCGCACGCUUUCAGAUUACAAUAUCCAGAAGGAGUCUACGCUUCACUUGGUCUUACGUCUCCGCGGAGGCAUGCAAAUCUUCGUUAAGACCCUCACGGGGAAGACCAUCACUUUGGAGGUUGAGUCAUCUGAUACCAUCGACAAUGUGAAGGCAAAGAUUCAGGACAAAGAAGGCAUUCCUCCUGACCAGCAACGCCUUAUCUUCGCGGGAAAGCAGUUGGAAGACGGUCGUACACUCUCUGAUUAUAACAUUCAGAAGGAGAGUACCCUUCACCUUGUUCUACGUCUUCGUGGUGGUUGUUAGUUUGGGCGUUGUCGUGGCAUCCCUCUGAUUACGGAUAUUGAUUGUACCAUUACCCUUUCCAUGAUACUUCGAAUGUAUACGUGUUCC